UCAGCUGGCACACAUGGAUCGUAAAUAAUCGUUUAUUCGUCGCUGUUUAUUUGGACGAAUUUAAACGCGUUUAUUUAAAUUAGAACUCGUUCCAACUGUAUAAUUAGUACGUAGAAAGUUGGUUUAGAUGAAUCUCGUAAAGCUGACCCGUUCUCAUUGUAAUCCCAAAAUGCUUUUUAACGUGUUCGCUCUGAGUACCCUAGUGUUCCAUGUGGCUUGUCAUGAGUGUUAUAUAUGUGGCGGUGAGGAUGGUCAGUAUAGUUGUACAGAGUUCAACGCAAGUUAUAAAGAAGUGUGUCCCCAAGGGGUGGCAAGUUGCAGUUUACACAUCAACGGGAAUGAGGUGAUUGCUCGGAUGUGUGGGGAGGCUACGAACUUAACUGAUUGCAAAGUAGCCAACAAAAUUAAAUAUUGUUACUGUGCUGCUAAUUUGUGUAAUGGUGACACUAACCUGGGGUUUGAAUCUGACGAUGAAGAUCUUACAGAACAUGGGAGUGGAUAUGACACCACAACUACUACAACAAUAGUUGAACCGUCCACAGUUACACCAAGAUCUAACAAUUCUAACAGCCUCAAAGCGACCCUGUAUCUGUUUUUGUAUUGUUUGAUUUUUAUUUGAUAGGAAUUUAGCUAUUGCUUUUACCAAACAGUAUUAUGUUUACCAGUCUUCCGACGCUUUUAUGCAAACUUUUUUACUAGUCAUUGUAUUACUUGAGAUUGCUUAGCUUGCCUUAGUACAAAACAUGUUCGAAAGGACGGCAGCUUUUGGUGCUAAAUAUUUUUAUAUACUCACUGUAUUUUAUACAGUCUCGUCAAUUGAUACUUCCACAAACAAUAUACUCGUAUAUUUUAUAUUUUAUAUACUCUUGUACACUGUGUGUAAUUUUAAAGGGUGAAAAUAAACAGUAUUAAUUUGCA